CUUUCGAUCACUUUUGCACCUGCUCCUACUUAUUUGUACUUCUUUCCUUCUUAUCCGCUUCUUCAUCCAUUUCGAUGGCCUCUACUUCCAACGAUUCCCUUCCGAUUUCCAUCCACAACAUCAAUCCCAAGGUUUUGGAAUGCGAGUAUGCUGUUCGUGGUGAGAUUGUCGCCCUGGCUCAGAGACUGGAAAAAGAGCUUCUGGCUAAUCCAGGCUCACAUGCUUUUGAUGAGAUACUGUACUGCAACAUAGGAAAUCCUCAUUCCCUUGGUCAGCAACCAAUUACAUUUUUCCGUGAGGUUCUUGCACUGUGUGAACAUCCAUCUCUUCUGGAAAGAAACGAAAUAAACGGUUUGUUCAGUGAAGAUGCCAUUAAGCGAGCUUCGCAAAUUCUGAAACAAAUUCCUGGAAAAGCAACCGGUGCUUACAGCCAUAGUCAGGGAAUCAAGGAGCUGCGAGAUGCCAUUGCUGAAGGAAUUAAAGCUCGUGAUGAUUUUCCUGCAGAUCCUAAUGACAUAUUUCUAACAAAUGGUGCAAGCCCAGCAGUCCAUAUGGUGAUGCAAUUGCUGAUAAGUACAGAGAAAGAUGGAAUACUCUGCCCCAUUCCUCAGUACCCUCUAUACUCUGCUUCUAUAGCUCUUCAUGGCGGUACUCUUGUUCCUUACUAUCUUGAUGAAGCAUCGGGAUGGGGAUUGGAAAUUUCUGAGCUGAAGAAGCAAUUGGAGUCUGCCAAGUCUAAGGGUAUUUCAGUAAGGGCAUUGGUGGUUAUAAAUCCCGGCAAUCCUACUGGACAAGUUCUCACUAAGGAAAACCAAGAACAAAUAGUGAAGUUCUGCAAGCAAGAGGGCCUCAUUCUUCUGGCAGAUGAGGUAUAUCAAGCAAAUAUUUAUGUUCCAGACAAGAAGUUCCACUCUUUUAAGAAGAUUUCACGCAGCAUGGGUUAUGGUGAAAAGGAUAUCUCCUUAGUAUCAUUCCAGUCUGUCUCUAAAGGAUACUAUGGUGAGUGUGGAAAACGAGGAGGUUACAUGGGGAUUACUGGGUUUAGUGCUGAUGUGAGGGAGCAAAUAUACAAAGUGGCAUCUGUUAAUCUUUGUUCAAAUAUUUCUGGCCAGAUUCUUGCUAGCCUUGUGAUGAAUCCACCAAAGGUUGGGGAUCACAUCUAUGAAUCGUAUUGUGCAGAGAGAGAUGGAAUCCUCUCCUCCCUGGCGAGGCGUGCAAAGACAUUAGAAGCUGCAUUCAACAGUUUAGAAAAUGUAACAUGCAAUAAAGCAGAAGGGGCAAUGUACCUAUUCCCUUGCAUUAAGCUGCCUGAAAAGGCAAUCAAAGCAGCAGAAGCAGCAGAUACGACCCCUGAUACAUUUUAUUGCCGCCAACUUCUCAACGCCACUGGAGUGGUUGUCGUCCCCGGUUCUGGCUUUGGGCAGGUGGCCGGAACAUGGCACUUCAGGUGUACAAUACUUCCUCCAGAGAACAAGAUCCCAGACGUCGUAUCUCGCCUGACUGACUUCCAUAAAGCAUUCAUGAACGAAUAUCGCGACUGAAUUCCCAGAAGGGACUCCUCCUGUGUAUCAAGGUGCACAACCAGUUUCCCUUACUUAAUGGCAACUGUGUGUUAUUGGAUUUUUUCAUGUUAAUAAAGAAUGUGGGGUUGUGUACCUAAACAAUUUACCAUGGUACAGAGUCUCUCUGUGCCCCCAAAUAUUCAUUGUCCUGCAGAAAAUAAAAACAACAAAGAACACAGAAGAUAAUCUGGAAUUUCUGAGUUGUGAUGACACCCGGAAUGCACAGGCUUAUUUUUA